UUUAGACUUCCGACGAUUAUUAUUCUCCCAAGUACUUCUUCCCUCCAUCCCUCAUCGAUGUAUGUCUAAUCUCCAACUCCAAAUUUCCGCUCUGUCGUCUAGGGCACUUUCUAUCCUUUUUGACGCUCGAUAAUCCGUGUUAUAUCCCUUACGUCUCCAAUCGACAUCACCUUUCCCUCCCCGCCAUCAGUGGGGUACUCUGACGACACCCAACAUUACCUCGUCCAACCUCCCCGCCCGACGUCUGAGAUAACUUACCGACUUCCCACCAUCUUACAACUACUACCAUCUCCAGACAGCCUCGCCUCAGAUUGUGAUUGCUGCGGCUAUCUAUUACGAUGAAUCCUCAUCAGCAGAACAAGAUUGAUACUAGCAAGUUGAGUCCCGAUGAGCAGCGCUUGCUGCGCCUCUAUGGAAAAAUGCCCAAUAAGAAAGAUCUGCUCCAAAACAAGCUCAAGGAGCGAAAAUAUUUUGAUUCAGGGGAUUAUGCUCUGAGCAAAGCCGGAAAGGCCUCAGAUGUUGGUGUGACCAACAUCGGUUCACAACACCCAGUUCCUGAAAAUAUUCCUCAUCUGACCGCUACAUCGCCCGGUGCGAACAACCCUAUGACCGCGGGAAAUAACGGUGGCAGCAUUUCCGCUCAGGGUGGGCAGCAUAUUCCUGGCAGCAUUAGCAGCCAUCCUGGGUCUGUUGGCUUCCAGAGCCGGAGCCCCAUUAAGGAAGGUAGCUUCCUUCAACGCGGAAGGAGUGUGGAUGAAUCUGAAAAUGCGUCUGAAGCAACCGAGAAUAAAGACCAGGAUGAAGCUGUAAGCCCGCCUCCUGCUACCGAGGGCGUCCCCAUUCGACGAUGAUCGAUUAUUCAAAAACGGCCAUUCUCUCAGUGUCCUAUUUUAUCGAUUCUCCCUUCUGAUAUUAUACCAAUGAAUGAUAGUAUGAAAAGAGCCUGGCGCCUUGGUUUCUGCUUUCUCUUUGGUGUAAUUUCGAAUGUCGGGUUCCUCGUUCGAACAUGUCGAGGUUUGAGGGGUCAGAA